ACUCUUAUUACUAAAAUGCACUUUUUUCAAAUCCGUUUAUGAUGAACGAAAAUACAACACGUUACUAUUUCUUAAUUUAAUUUCUUCGUAGUUUCAACUUAACCAGCAUACAAAUUGCUGGGUCGAUAAAAUUAAACAUGGGGAUCGAAAAAUAAUGAACUUGCAUUUAUAAUGUGCAGUCGCAAUCAUUAUUAAUGUGGAAACUGAAGUUUAUGCAAUUUUAACGAGUAAAAGAUUGAGAAACAACACAUAAGUAAACAAUAAAAACUAAAACCAUUUGGAAAUUAAAAAAUAUAUCGAAAAAUAGAGAAACCACUGGUUCAUUAUACAAUAUGGCACUAAUAUAUAUAUCAGCUAGAACACAUGAAACACAGCUGAAACACAUGUUAUCUGGGAAUAAUUUAAUGGAAUAUAAUUGAUUUUUACAACUUUUGUAGUAGUUAAGGGAAGUGGAGCGGCUUAUACGCAAAUGCUAUAUCAACAUUAUUUAAUAAUUUAAGCUCCUUCAGCAAAAUAAUCCCUGAAGUAAUUAUAAUGAGCAGAAUCGAAGCUUGAUUAGGUAAGGAGGUUGAAUUGACUAUUUGAACAUUUUCUGCUUUUGUGUUCUUAAUAGGAAUCUGUGUAAUUAUUGAGACAAUGAAGCAUUUUAUUAAUUUAAAAUAAAUCACGAAUUCGUGUAUCAUUACCAAUCAUGUAAAUAGCUAUUAUAUUUUUGUUUAAGUACUAUAUAUUUCUAAGACAUGACAAGGUAAAUGGCAAAUUUUAUUAUAAAUAAAUAAUGGGCUUUAGUUAAGAACGGCCUACCUAUUAAUCAAGUACGAUGUAUUUCAUAUGCCACAUAUGGUCUAAUGGAAAACAUCAAAGAAUGUGGAGUUCUCCUUUGAAACUAGACAGCAAAAUGCAAAAUUUAAAUAGUACAAACAGCCCAUAUAAGCAUUUUUUUCAGCAUGAGGUGCACAUACUGGGUUGUACAGCACUGGGUUGCCUCAUAUUUACUAUGAAGUUUUUUAAGAAGACAGAGGAGAAUGUUUUCUUCGGGUUCAAUAUAAUGGUUUUAAAAGCUUGUGGCUUAUGGCCGGAUUUGAUCGAUUACAGAUAUGAUAAAUGGAGGUUGAUGAAGGAUUGCUUAAUGAUUUCAUCCUUAAUGCCCUGUGCUGUUCCUAUAAUGGCCGACUUUAUUAUGCAGUUAUAUGACGGGGUACCAAACUUGACUGCAGCUGUGGAAAACAUGAUAGCUCUUAACUGCAUUAUAGGAAUGAUCUACAUGGUUAUUUGUUUCAUUGCAAAUCGAAGAACUAUUAUAAAAUUAAUGGUGAAUUUGAAAUACUUUAACAAAUAUGGCAAUUCACGCAAGACGAAAGAAGUCGAUGAAAAGGCGAACUUAUUCAGCAAAAUAUUCAUGUUUUAUGGCAUUUUGGGCAACUUUGUGUAUAUGUUAAUGCCCCAAUUGAGCAUAGAUAAAUGCCAUAAUAAUCGCACAGCCAAAAUGAUUGAUGAUGGCGUUCCAUGCGGACUUGUUGUGCGAAGUGUUUUUCCAUUCAAGUUCGACUACAAGCCAGUUUUUGAAAUUAUUUUCGUUCAUCAAAUUUACACUUGCACUAUGGUCUCCAUCGUAGUUUUAGCGCUUACUAUGUUACUGUGCGGAUUUCUCAUGCAUAUAGUUAAUCAGUUGAAAAAUUUGAGAGAAUUUAUAGCGAAAUUGCGACACUGUCCGCAAGAUAAACCUGGAGAAAGAUUGUUUUUUAUUAUUCAAUAUCACAUUGAUGUCAUUGAGUAUUCGCAGAAUACCGCUAAAGCAUUCAGUACAAUGCUUCUCUUUUACAUAACACUAACUUCUCUGGUACUGAGCGUGUUAUGUUUCGAAGUUAUCAUGGUAGAUGCUUUUGAAGAUUCAGUGAGAUUUGCUCUACAUUUGGUAGGAUGGUUGGCUAUUUUAUUGUCGGUUUGUUACAACGGCCAACUGAUGAUUGACGAGAGCGUCGAAGUGGCUAAUGAUAUUUACUCUCUCAAUUGGUUCAAUUUUCCUGUGGGUAUACAGAAAAAGAUUCAAAUGAUUAUCAUGCGAUCGCAAAAGCCUUUGAUUCUUGAUGCCGCUGGCAUGGGUUUAGUAUCAUUGCCAGCUUUCUUAAAGGUGUUAAGUUCUGCAUAUUCGUUCUUCACGCUUUUAUUGAAAUUGAAAUGAGUCAGCGGCCGGAAAAUUUGCAACAACUGGAUCUUCUUAUGGCAUUUCUGCACAACUUUGUAUGCUCCACAAUGUUGAAUUUAUUUUAGUAAACCCAUUAUAGUAUGCAGUACAAGACAA